AUGUUGCUGAAGCCAGCAACCCCUCUGACGCUACUGCUGCUGGCGGCCUUUGUCCUUCUCCUCCUAUCCGUUCUCUCUGCACCUGUUAUCAAGUCAAUCCCCCUCGCGACUUAUCAGAACCUGAGUUUUGGUGUCUUUGGCUUCUGCCAGGGAAAUGAUUGUCGCAAUAUCCGAGUUGGAUACCCUCGCGAGGGUAUCUUUAACGACUCAAGUCGGGACGGGGACUUUAAUCUUCCUGCAUCAAUCCGACUAUCUUUGACCGCACUCCUAAUCGUACAUCCAAUCGCUGCCUUUUUCGCAUUCAUUUGUUUCUCACUGGCCGCCGCCGCCCACCUCCAUUCCCCUUCCCAUUCGCCGCGAUAUCUUAUGGGCCUUCUCAUUUUGCUAUUGCCAACACUACUACUUUCGUUAUUAGCAUUUCUCGUAGACAUUCUUCUGUUUGUCCCAUAUCUCAAGUGGGGUGGGUGGAUUGUCCUUGGUGCUACCAUCUUGCUCACAUCAAGCGGUGUUGUGACCUGCGCUAUGCGACGAACUCUCGUCAGCAGAAAGGCCCGAAAGCGACGAAUUGCUGAAAAUGCAAAGAUGAGCGGUGAGAAUUAUUACAACCGCCAGAUUGUCGUCAAGCUUGAUGUUCCUCCCGUGGGCAGCGCCUCGGACCAGAAAGCACCCUUGCCUACGGAGCUUCCGCGCACUGGAGAUACGUUAGAGUCCGCGAAUAACGAUGCCUAUCGCGGAAACCAGUCAUCUAAUGGCUUUGCACCAACAGAAGUCCUAGGAUACACCAGAACACCUCCAACACCCCCAACAAACCUAUAUAAUAAUCCUCCUCAAUCUGACCCGUAUCGUCCCUCAUAUCCAGUCCGAUCCGACCCAAACCUGCGAAACCAAUAUUCAAAUGCAAGUAUUCGAUCCAAUAGAAGUGACGGACCUUACCCACCAAGAGGCCGUGGCGGCUAUCCGUCUCGCGGCAGAGGUCCACCGUAUGGCGGCCCUCGAGGCUUUGCAGGUGGAAAUAGGAACGGGCCACGCCCAGGGCCACCCCGGCGUGGCCGCGGAGGGCCUCCUCCUGGCUAUCCGCCUCAGAAUAGGAUCUAUCGUCCAAAUGAGUAUCCUGGCUAUGAGGCCGAGCCAAGAUAUGGUGGAUAUGGUCGCCCAUACCAAAACGGACCUCGGCAUCCGUAUCAAAUCCAGAAUACUAUGACCAUGGGGCGUGAUAUAGAACUGCAGCCACCGUCAGAGCCUGCUUAUCCAGCUCCCAUAGAUACACGCAAUGCUUCAGGCCCGAAGUAUGGGGCGGGUCAGUCCGAGAACCCGAAAAGCCCAACUAGCGUUUAUAGCGCGGACGCUCCAUAUAUUCCACCAAGAAGCAACUGGAACCCCCAGGAAUACCCUAUUCGAGAAGCAGCUAGAAAUCAACAGUCUCCAGAAAGCCCCCUUGGGCCUACAACCCAACCCCGUGACAUGACUCGUUCUCCCCCAACCGCCACCACUCAUCCACCAAGCAGUUAUUAUGGGGACACGGAGCCCAGGUUUGCAUUGCCAAUGACCGGAGUAGAGCCGGCAGACGUGCCCUCAGCAUUAGUUCCAGGCUCUUCUGGUGAGAUCCCCUUGCGAACUGCCUACGAUGAUUUCCCACCUGGCGCACGCUCACCCGCUGCCAGCGAAACUAGCCAUUUCACAUCCAUUUCGCAACGCGGCAUAAACCCAAAGUGGCAACCCCCACAAUUUGAGAGUGUCAGGCCAAAUUUCCCGCAAGGACAGGACGUCUUGCUCAGCAACAAUCCUGACUUUGCGCUCCCAACCGGUAGAGCCCGUGCCAACACUGGGCUUGGCGGUAGAAUGCCCCCCCCAAUGCCCACGAUACCAGGCACUCCCACCGGUCAUCGGAAUGUGCCGAAAAAUAUCUUUUAA